ACCGCCACUCGGGCUGGAGAGAAAACAAAGACGUAGUUUCCGUUUCCACCAGCUCUUCCUCUUCUAGUUCUCGAGGACGCAGUGCCGGCCGGGAGUUCGGCUGUAGCCCUGGUGUGGGAGGCGACAACAGUCAUGGCGAUGUUCGAGCAGAUGAGAGCGAACGUGGGUACAAUCCUGAGAAUCUGGCCACCCUGGAGCGCUAUGUGGAGACACAAGCCAAGGAGAAUGCCUAUGAUCUGGAAGCCAACCUGGCUGUCCUGAAGCUGUACCAGUUCAACCCAGCCUUCUUCCAGACCACAGUCACCGCCCAGAUCCUGCUAAAGGCCCUCACCAACCUGCCCCACACCGACUUCACGCUGUGCAAGUGCAUGAUCGACCAGGCCCAUCAAGAAGAACGGCCCAUCCGGCAGAUUUUGUACCUCGGAGACUUGCUGGAGACAUGCCACUUCCAGGCCUUCUGGCAAGCCCUGGAUGAAAACAUGGACCUCUUGGAAGGUAUAACUGGCUUUGAAGACUCUGUCCGAAAAUUUAUCUGCCAUGUUGUGGGCAUUACUUAUCAGCACAUUGAUCGCUGGCUGCUGGCCGAGAUGCUCGGGGAUCUGACAGACAGCCAGCUAAAGGUGUGGAUGAGCAAGUACGGCUGGAGCACCGAUGAGUCGGGCCAGAUCUUCAUCUGUAGCCAGGAAGAGAGCAUUAAGCCCAAGAAUAUCGUGGAGAAGAUCGACUUUGACAGUGAGUGGUGGCCUGAGGCCUCAGGCUGUAGGCCUUAGGAGGUGCCCUUUGACAGACCAGGGCUGGGGCCCCAAAGGACCCAGGUGUGUCCAGCAUCAUGGCCUCCUCCCAGUAACUUUGCAGGCGUUUAAUAAAGACUUGUUGACUUCUUA